UGCAACCUGGUCACCGGUGAGUGCGUGUGGGACCCCCCGGCCGGCGUCCGCAUCAAGCGCACUAGCGAGAACCAGUGGUGGGAGCUGUUUGACCCCAACACAUCGCGCUUCUACUACUACAACGCCAGCACGCAGCGCACCGUGUGGCACCGGCCGCAGGGCUGCGAUAUCAUCCCGUUGGCCAAGCUGCAGACACUGAAGCAGAACACCGAGUCCCCACGUGCCUCGGCCGAGAACAGCCCCGGGCGCGGGAGCAGCGUCAGCCACGAGGGCAGCACCAGCUCCUCCCUGGAGCCCGAGCCGGACGGAGACAAGGCGCAGGAGUUGCCCGGGAGGCCAGGACGGCCGGCGGCCUUCGCGGCUGCGCGAGAGGAGAGCGGCAGUUCUUCACCACCAGCAGUGUUCCUUGACAAGGACUAUGAAGUCUACCGGGAUUGCAGCGUGGAUGGCCAACUUCUGCACUACAGGACCUCCUCACUCCGGUGGAACUCAGGCACCAAGGAGCGGGUUCUCAUCAAGGUGGCCGACCGCGAGCCCAGCUUCCUUGCCACCCAGGGCAAUGGCUACACCCCAGACAGCCAGCCUGGAGGCCGCUCCCGCAGGCCCUCAGGCAGCCAGCACUCACCUGGCCUACAGACCUUCUCCCCUGAGGCAGACAGCAAUAUCUUCUUCCCGGACAGGAGACCAUCUCCAUUCCUAAAGAGAGCUGAGCUCCCCGGAAGCUGCUCCCCGCUACUGGCCCAGCCCCGAAAACCUUCCAGUGAUUCACAGCCCUCUUCCCCACGCUAUAGCUACGAGCCCCCCCUCUAUGAGGAGCCCCCAGUGGAGUAGCAGGCCCCCAUUUAUGAUGAGCCCCCUAUGGAUGUGCAGUACGAGGCCAGCGGCAGCUUCCAGGCUGCCUCACCGCAGAGGUCCCCGGGCCGCAAGCCCCGGGCCUUCCUGGCACCCUCCAAGCAGGCACCGCCCUCGCCCUGCCAGCAGCUGGUACUCACCAGGCAGAAGUGUCCAGAGCGCUUCAUGAGCCUGGAGUACAGCCCUGCGGGCAAGGAGUACGUGCGGCAGCUGGUGUACGUGGAGCAGGCCGGCUCCAGCCCCAGGCUGCAUGCAGGCCCCCGGCACAAGUAUAUACCCAACCCUGGUGGUGGCUCCUACUCCCUGCAGCCCAGCCCCUGCCUGCUGAGGGACCAACGCCUGGGGGUCAAGUCUGGAGACUACAGUACCAUGGAGGGGCCCGAGCUGCAGCCUGGUCCAGUGCACUCACCACUAAUGCAGGCCCAGGAGGACGCCAUGUCUUGGUCCAGCCAGCAGGACACCUUGUCCUCCAUGGGCCACUCCCCUGGCACACGCAAGAGGAAGAGCAGGAAGCCUUCUCUGUGCCAAGCCCCCGAUGGCCCAGGGGACCUACUCCGAGAGCAGCCUCUGGCAGAGGAACAGCCCCCCUGUGGGCCUAGCCUUACCCCUGUGAAGCAUGUGGAGGGUGAAGUGGACGGGGCAGGGGCAGCGGAGCCUUUCCUGGCGCAGGCGCGGCUGGCCUGGGAGGCACAGCAGGCCCACUUCCACAUGAGGCAGAGGAGCAGCUGGGACUCCCAGCAGGAUGGCUCUGGCUAUGAGAGCGAUGGCGCCUUGCCCCUGCCCAUGCCUGGGCCUGUGGUACGCGCCUUCAGUGAGGACGAGGCCCUGGCACAGCAAGACAGCAGGCACUGGAAGAGGGGUACCUUCGAGAAGCUUGGCUUCCCCCAGAUCUUGCUCGAGAAGAGCAUUUCUGUGCAGACCAAUCUGGCCUCACCGGAGCCUUACCUCCACCCCUCACAGUCUGAGGACCUCGGUGCCUGUGCCCAGUUUGAGGGCAGCCGGCAGAGCCGCGGCGUGAUGCCCAGCUCCAGCUGCGUCUUCCCUUCCUUCACUCUGCGCAAGCCCUCAUCGGAGACCGACAUUGAGAACUGGGCCUCCAAGCACUUCAACAAGCACACGCAGGGCCUCUUCCGGCGGAAGGUGUCCAUUGCCAACAUGCUGGCCUGGAGCAGCGAGUCCAUCAAGAAGCCCAUGAUUGUGACCAGUGACCGGCACGUGAAGAAGGAGGCCUGUGAGCUCUUCAAGCUGAUCCAGAUGUACAUGGGCGACCGGCGGGCCAAGGCAGACCCGCUGCAUGUGGCCCUGGAGGUGGCCACCAAGGGCUGGAGUGUGCAGGGGCUGCGUGAUGAGCUGUACAUCCAGCUGUGCCGACAGACCACCGAGAACUUCCGCCUCGAGAGCCUAGCCCGGGGCUGGGAGCUCAUGGCGAUCUGCCUGGCCUUCUUCCCGCCCACACCCAAGUUCCACUCCUACCUAGAGGGCUACAUCUACCGACACAUGAACCCUGUCAAUGACACCAAAGGUGAUCAGGCCCUUCCGGGGACCCAGCAGCUGGCUCUGCCAGACCCCAGCCCUCAGCUUUCUGGGCAGCUCUGCAAACUGAACUGCCACCAGCUUUAUGGAAAUGGGGAGAUGGGGCGCACCAGCAGCCACUUCUCCCUCCUUCAGGAUGAUUGGGCGGGGCCUCCCUGGCCGGUGUGGACUGACGAAUGGCUGGCCGGGCAGUCUAUCACGGCGUUCCGCCCCCGCAUACGCCACAUGACGCAGCCCAUCAUGGCGGCGGGAGCGCGGCUGCCCGGGCCCGCCGCUCCGCAGGACUGCUGCCGUUGCUGCUGUUGA